ACAGUUGUGAAUUUUGUGUUUACAAAAUAUUCCGCGAAAAAAUUAACGAGAAAUCGCGCUUCGCUGUCUGGCUGCCACCGUAAUUCCGAAACUUGUGAAAAUUCCGGUCCGCGAACCAUGAACCCAACGAUUGCCAUUUAGGAAAACUCACAAGAAAGAAAUAAAGUGUCAUCAAAAUGAUCGCCUUCAAGCUGGAACGGUUCCCGCACGUUUGCCGGACGUGUCUGCAGCCGAAAGCCAAGUCCCAGAUGACCAGCUUGGGGGAAACCCGCGACAAAGACGGCGGUACCCGGCUGAUUGACCUGCUGGACGAGCUGACCUUUCCGAUCCCGGAGGAGCUGAACCAUUUAACUCCCGGCAGCAUUUGCGGCGACUGUCUGGAACAGUUGGACCAGUUUUUGGAGUAUCGGAAGGGGUUGAAUUACGUGCUAAAGUUUAUCUUUGGGAUGGCCCAGCUGAAGAAGGGUAACGUUACAACGCUGAAGGAACUAUUCACGGAAGAUAAAGAGUACGUGACGGCACUGCUGAAGCGGUUGCAGAUUCUGGAGAAGGCCGAGCUGAGGUUGGAGGAUUUGGUCGGGGAGUUUUCCAAGUAUGAUAUCAAUGGGGUGACGGACGUGAAGAGGGAACGGUCGGGGGAAGAGGGGGAUUUCGAUGCCGAUUUUCUGGAGGAUGCUUUGGUCAAGGUCGAGGUCGAUGAUGGUAGUAUGAUCGUGGAGUAUUUGGAGUCGGCCGUGAAGAGAAGGCGAGGUCGUCCGAAGAAAGUGGAGGGAUCGCCAAAGGUGAAGAGAAGGGGUCGUCCACGGAAGGUUAUCGAGGAUUCCGAUGAGGAUGAGGACGACGACGAUCAACCGUUGCAGAACUUGAAGAACGAAAUGUUGGAAUCCUCCGGGGUGACGGAGGACGGUGGCGAUCUGUCCGAGAACGACAUGCUGAUCGAGCGGCUUUCGAACGCGUCGGAACACUUUGCCGGGCACGCGCUUGUGGAAAUGUUGGAAAGUGCCGAAGACGGACACUUUGACGGUGGCAUGGAAGAUUCCGACGGGGAGUUUGAACUGGACGAAGACCUGCUCGAACGAUCUCGCCAGUCUAAAAAAGGCAAACGGAACUCCUCACCGCGAAGUCAACGCAAGGGAACACUUCAACAGUGCACCAAGUGCAAAUUCAAGACUUACUACCCGCGAACCUUUGAAGCCCACAUGGAGAAGCACGAUCGCAAGGAGCGAAACUCUGGCGGAGGUUGGCACUGCAAGCGGUGCGACGAAGAGUUUGAAACCAAAAAAGCACUCGACAAACACAAACGGCAAGAGCAUCGGGAUUACAUGUGCGACACGUGCGGCCUCUCCUUCGAGCAGAAGUUUGCUGAAACGCACCGGAAGCGUCACGCCGACGUUCGUCAGUACAAGUGCGAUUACUGCCCGAUGGAGUACUUUACGCGGCCGGAAAUGCUUCUUCACACCAAACAGGUCCAUCUGAACGCGUUCGAGGUCAAGUGUCCGGAAUGUAAUUUGACGUUCAAGACAAAGUCCACCCUCAACCAGCACCUGAAAUCGCACACGAAUCAACGGACGCAUACGUGCGCAAUGUGUGGUUUUGGGUUUAAAUCGUACACGCACUUGAACCGGCACGUCAAGUCGGUCCAUCAAGAUUUCCGGUUUCAGUGUGAACAUUGCGAGAUCUCGUACGGACGCAAGGACAAGCUGCGGAUGCACAUGGAGAAGGUGCACAAUAUCCAAACCUACUUCGUGUGCGACAUAUGCCUGCAGUCUUACAAUGCGCGCGACAAGCUCGAGGAGCACAAGACCCACCACGAGAACCCGAAACCGUUGCAGUGUGGAGUCUGCCUGACCGCGUACGUUAGCCAGGAAGAGUUCAACUCACAUCUGUGCAUCACCUACAAAGACGACUACGUUUGCUGCGAGCGCGACUUCAAGUAUCACUUUUACUACAACAAGCACAUGUUCCUGGUGCACGGCCUAAAGACAAACGUGCGCGUCAAACCGACCCAGGGACUGCUGUUGGGACAGGUUCGCGCCAUGAGGAAACAAGCUGAGCGGUGUCCCCGGUGCGAGCGGGAAUUCCCAACAAGAAACCAAAAGAAGCAGCACAUGAUUGCGUGUCGUGGCGACGGCGGCGGUGACGGUCAGGACUUUAUGGGUGCGACGGAGAUCCCCGUCGUGAUGGCCGUGGAGGGAGAAAAGCCCGUGGUUGGCGGAGGCACGCUUUUGGGCACCACCAAUCCGCAACAGCAGGACGACGACGGGUGCGUUACGUACGAAAUCGAGUACGUGGAUAAUUACGAUUCGAAGGAGGACAUUGCGCGGAAGGUGAAUUUGGUUUAGUCGGCGUGGGAGGCGCGCUUUGCUUUGCCAGCUGUGUUUUAAGCUGAAAGUCGUCGUGAAAAAUACUUUCUUUUCUUUUAGCACGUACCUAUCGCGUUUAAGGUAAAUGUUAGUGCGUUAGAGUUAGGUUUUUACAAUACUUUAAUAAAGGAUUCCGCAAAGUGA